AUGCUAGAUUGCAAACCUGUAGACACUCCUAUUGUUCAGAAUCAUCACCUUGGAGAAUACCCAGAUCAAGUUUCAACUAACAAAGAAAGAUACCAAAGUGCCACGAGGACCUCAAGGCCAAGGUCGCUUUUCUCACCACCCCCAGCCAGCUUCCUUCUCCGACAUGGCUCUGUCCAUGCCUCUGUACCCGUUACUGCCCCUAAGGCCAUUUUGAAGAGCUGUUCUACGGUGUUCAGCGCCAUGUUUGAGAAUAUGAUGGAAGAAAGUCUGAGUGGCACCAUCAAGACAGUCGAUGUGUCCUACGGCACCCUUCGUGCCUUUGUCAACUACCUCUACACAGCAGAGGUGGUAUGCCUUGACCAGCAAUUGGCCUGUGAUCUCCUAGAAAUGGCUGACAAAUACCAGGUGCAGCAUCUCAAAGACUUGUGCCAGAAGUUCUUGGAGUCUAACCUCAACUGGGACAAUUCACUUUCAACCUACACCUUCGUGCAUCAGCAUAACGCCAAGCAGAUCAUCAACCUAGCCUUGACGUUGAUCACAGACAACAUGGACAAGCUUACUAACAGGGAGGAGUACGCUGAGCUGAAGGAGAAAGAUCUGCGACUCGUAUUCGAAAUCUAUGGAGCAUGGAAAACCAUUUGUUUCCUCCGAUGUGGGAUAAUUUGCUUUCAAACUUCCAACAAUAUAUCCUUCCUUCCUUACAAGCUCCCAACAAAGGCGAGUAGUCAGGUUCUCCAUUUCUGUAAAUAG